CUGUCAGCAAGCAGAUUAGAAGUAGAAGUCUCAGUAUUUACUGUAUAGGGAAGAAGCUGGUUAAUAUCUGCAAUAAAAAGUGCUCAUCCUAGUAUUCAUAGUAUUGUUUUUUCCACCAAAACUGAGAUGUUCCUAUCAGGGUCACUAGAUCAGGGGUGGACUGACAACUCAUGGGGCCCCCGGGCAAUAGGGGAUCAUGGGGCCCCUGUGUCCUUGCCCAAACUCAAAAAAGCCUAUGAAAAAGGUACCAGGGGCAUCUCAUGGGGCCCCCUACUGACCCCGGGCCCUCGGGCAGUGCCCUGAGUUUCCAAAUGGUCAGUCCGCCCCUGC